AUGUACCCGCAACACGGCCGUCACGUCUCGUACCAGGUCCAACCCGCCUUCUCUCUCGAGAAGGCGCUCAUGAUGAGAACGCACUCGACCCCGCAGGCCCAGCUGCUGCGUAUGCAAGCUGCCCAGGUCGUCAACACUCGCCCGACCAAGCACAGCCAGCACAGGUCUACCCUCUCGCAGGGUGGCAAACCCUUCAAGGUCGAGAUCAUCGGCCCCUUCAAGACACAGGUGCACAACCUGUCCAGCAGCGAGUACUCUGGCAGCACCGAGAGCUCGCCCGAGCAGCAUGUGUCGCCCUCGGCAUCCCUCCUUGCCGCUCACCGCAACGCGCAGAUCAAGCCUCCCAGCCUUUCCCCCAAGACGCCCACUCGCAAGGGUCCAGUCUCUACAGCCCACCUCCUCGAGUCGCCGGCCAAUGACACCGACUGGGUCGCCUACUCUGCCCCCAUUCCCGAGCUGGAUGAGGUCAACUCUGACAUCGGAGAUCACAGUUUUGAGAGCUUUGACAGCGAGUCCAUUGCAAGCCGUUCCUCCACCCCCGACACCAUGAUUGAGCGCACGCUGGACACCGCCUCUGGGUCAGCUUCCUCGUCGACGACCGAGUGUGAUGAUGAGCAGCUUGUAGAGACGAAGCGUCUGCUCGUUCAGAGCACGGUCGAGACCCCGGAGCUCACGCCUGCCGCUUCGCCGGCUCCCACCCUGGUCCCUCUUCCGAUCCCUUUCUCUCCCGAGAGCAAGAAGGUGGUCGAGAUCGCCCUUCAGCCUGCGACAGCUCCUCCUCCCGCGUUCAACUGCGACGCUUGCGGCAGUGAGCACGCUCGCAUGAUGCUGUUCCAGCCCUGUGGCGACCUCGCCUGUCCCUCGUGCUUCUCGUCCAGUCUCGCUGCGGUGUCUGUCACGCAGUCGGCUGCCAAGUGCCCUUGCUGUCUGACUGAGGUGAGCUCGUUCGACGCGUACAACCCCAAGGAUCACGUCCCUCUGCGCCGCGUCGCUCGUCCUGCCAAGGUUCAGCAGGAGCUUGAGCCUGUGUACUGGUCGUUUGAGAACAGUCACAAGACUGUCGUCAUGCGCAUCGACAAUGUCGCGUGGGACAUUGAGCCCCACCUCGUCGAGAGCUGGCUGCCCAAGAACACGCUCCCCAUCGGCCACCCUUGCCCCGUCCACAUUUGCAUCAACCGCAAAGAUGGUCGCACCAAGGACUACCUCUACUUUGAGGCUGCGUCCCAGGAUGCCGCUCGCCGCGUUCUGCAGAAGUGCCAGAACACCUUCAUGCCUGGCGGUCGUGUCACCUCUGGCCGCAAGCGCCCCGUCACCGUGUCCCAGGUCUCCCACUCUGAGCUUCUGCGCGAAGUCUCUCCGACCACCAAGGCUGAGCUCACCUCGCUUCUCGAGCUCUGCGAGGCUGCGCUCUCGACUCCUCCUCCCAAGCUCCGCGUUGACUCGUCCGGUCGUGGUCGCCUGCACGCCUCCGUCGGCGCCAAUGGCAAGGUCCACUAUCUCAAGUACCGUCACGCCCCUUUCCACUCGCUCAUGUCCCUCAUGUGCGAACUCCGUGGUGACCCCGACUCGCCGGCGUACUGGGACUUGUUCCACAUUGCCUCGGGUGCCAUUGCCGCGCUUGCAUCGGCGAUUCGCGUUCGCCUGCACCAUCCCGAGGACCACACUCUCAUGAAGCACUUCAAGUUGCUGUUCCAGGAAUCUGACUUGGAAGGCAAGAAGCUAACGCCAGUUCUCGACACCACCCGCGGCUGCCCCGCUCAGGGCAUGGACAUUGCCCUCCUCAAGCUCGAGGGAAGCGGCGUCAACGCCAAGACGACGCAGGUUGGCUCUGGAACGACCGACGCUGCCGGCCGCUGCGACACGCUCACCAAGGGCCCCUCGUCCAAGGGCGUGUACAAGCUCGUCUUUGGCACGGGCGACUACUUCAAGGCGCUCAAGAUGGACACCUUCUUCCCGCUCGUUGAGAUCUCCUUCAACCUCGCCGACGAGGACGAGGCGUACCACAUCCCGCUCCUCGUCUCGCCCUUCUCCUACACGUCGUACAAGGGCCAGCACGGCGGUGCCAAGAAGAAGGAGGCCAAGCUCUAA